AGAAAGAGGUGGGGGAGGGGGUGCGAGGCGUUUCCAACACGAGCUGCGCGCUGAUCUCAGGCAUUAGUUCUGCUUGGGCACCACAGGUUUAAGCGUCACUCUCUUGGAGCUGCGUGCUUGAAACUGUGAGCGGAUCCGCCUCGUUGAUCCCAAGCUGCGUCCGGAGAGGAAAACGUGCUAGAAUUAGAGCAGAACCCGCUACGCAAAGACCGCCGUGUGUUUCCGAUGGACCGGUCGGUGCGCGCUGGCACAGGAGGGAAGCAAACACCUCCUUUAAAGGGCUAAGCAGUUUUGAAACAAUUUUGGGUGGAAAAAAACUGUAAGAAUGACAGCUUCCUUGGAUAUUAGCCGUGAAUGUAAACUUCAGUUUCAGAUACAGCUGUGAAAGUGAGCGCGUUCUCCUGAUUCCACUUUGCAGACCGCGCCAAUGCUGGAAUGGCUUGUGGCUUUCUGUGUUGUGAUCCUGGUGCUUUUCAUAUGGCCAGGCACCAAACAUCUGUUUGGUCCCAACGCCUUCCCUCAGAGGCUGGGCGUUUCACAGCUGGCAGCCGGCAGCGACGGUGCCCGCUUGGUGUGCGCGGAGGGAGCUGACGGCACCGGCGAAGAAACACGCACUGUGUCGCUCAUAUGCAAGCCCUCCGCGCUGGCCAAGUACCUCCAGAAGCACUGCAGGACUUUCAGCUGCUACUCUCCGUGCGGCGGAUGGACGUGGAGAGCCAGCGCCUUUCUGCAGAGCGCGUACGAGGCGUGCUGGCCGUGCGACAGCUCGGUUCAGUUCGUGCGGGACAACCUACAGCUCAGCGACGACGGGCUGGUAUCGCUGGACUGGGCUGUGCCGUCCCACCACAGGAGACGCAGGACUUCCAGUCACUCCACCUGCCCAGUUUUGCUCAUCAUCCCCAACUCCUUCGGAAAGAUCACAAGGAAUGUGGUGAAGCUGUGUGAAUCGGCUCUGUCCCACGGCUACCUCCCUGCAGUCUUCAACCGCCGCAGCCACAAUAGCACUCCACUGACCACCCUCAAACUGCAACAGUUUGGCGACCCUUCGGAUCUGCGAGAGGCUGUGCGCUACAUUCGCUACCGACAGCCCGCCGGAAGGCUGUACGCAGUGAGCGAGAGCUCGGGGUCGGGCCUCCUCCUGUCCUAUCUGGGGGAGUGUGGAUCCUCCAGUUAUGUGACAGCAGCGGUCUGCCUGUCACCUGUGUUUCGCUGCCAGAGCUGGUUUGAGAGUGGGCUGUGUUGGCCCCUGCAGUGGGUGCUGGCACUGUAUCAGAAGAUAUGUCUCAGCAGGUACAGGACGGCGCUGGGCGACAUCAUGCACACGGACACUCUUUUUUCUAGCUGUUCCUUGCGUGGGGUGGAGGAAGCCCUCUUCUGUCAGUCUGGAUACGCUGGCUCCACAUCUGGACCCAGCAGUGGUUGCAGCGCUUCAGGAGCCUGGGAUGCUUACUGGGAACGCAACGAACCUUUAAGAGACGUGGAUGAGGUGGCUAUUCCUGUUCUGAGUGUGUGCGCUAAAGACGACCCUAUGCGAGGAGACGCCCAGUCCUCCCUGCCCCUGGAGCUCUUUGAGACAAACCCACACUUUUUCCUCCUUCUGACAGACCGUGGAGGUCACUGUGGCUUCUCCACCCAGUCGGAUGGAAGUGCCGGAAGCGCAGCGGGCUCUGUGGUCGCAACAAGUACAGUGGACAACCAUGGCCCCAACUGGAGUCACAAAGUCAUGCUGGAAUUCUUCCGAGCGACCACGGACUUCUUCAAUGCAGAGGAGCGAGCGAAGCAGUUCGCUGCGAGGAGGAGAGGGCUGGGAGGGGCUGCAGGAGGGUGGGCCUUUCGUUACCGCAGCGUCAGUACUUGUAAACGAGUGCCAGCAUGUUCCCAUAAUAUUCAUGCAAUUUAUAACUGGCAAAGAUCGUAUACUCGAUGAGGUAGAGGGAAUCUUUUGAGUUUCAUUCUAUGUGUUUGUGCUCAGACUUGUAUAAAAGUUGAUGAAGGCUGCAAACUGUCUCCAAGGCUGAGUUAAUUUUUUCUCUAAAUCAGCGUUUCUUUAUGUUUAUUGUUAAAAAAAUAAUAAUCAAACCCCCUAUUGCUUGAGUCCUCGCAAUGGCUUGUGUAUAAUUUGAAAACUAUCGCAUCAUCAUUAUUUUAUAGAUUUGUGUCAGUGCAUAUUAUACACAGAACCUUAAACAAUUCAGAGAGCUGCAAGUCAAAAGCUCCUCAGGAUGUCAGGUACAUACACUCAUACCUGAACGAUUCUUAUCUGGGAAGGUUGGGAAAAUCAGAACCAGAUCAAAACAGAGUUCUCAUAAUUGGAUGCUUUUGUCAUAUUCAAUAGCUGAAACUCUUAAACUUUUGUGUUUUUUGUAUGUAUUAUUAAACAUUCCUAUUUAAUGUCAUAUUAA